AAUAUUAAUAAUAUUGUACAGACCAGGCAGACCCGUUUAAAAAAACAUAAAUAAAAAUCAUUAAAAAAAAAAAAGAAAAUUAUUAAAAUGAAUACAACAGAGUGCCUUACAGUUACAUUGGCUAACGAACCAAAUUUUGAGAAUAGGGUAUUAGCCUUAAUUAGGAACAGAGCAGAGCCUCUAUUAAUUGCAGAAUUUGAGUACGAAUAUAUAUAUAUAUAUAUAUAUAUAUAUAUAUAUAUAAAAUGCACAAGUAGGGAAAAACAAAAAUGAUGACUAAAAAUUAAAUAUGGAAUGGGAGCAAUUAAUACUCCAUAUCCGAGAAUUAAAAGAAACAUUUGAAAAGUCUUACAAAUGUGUAAGCCAAAAAAGGCAAACACAAAAAGAAACAGUAGAUAAACAUGCAAAAAUUCUUGUAGACUCUUACAAUCAGGUAAGAACCCUAGUGCAUGAAAAUAGGGAAAUAAUUAACAAGACAAACUUAUCAAAAUUAUCCAAAAUAUUGAUAAGGUUGCAGGCAAACCUAAUAACUGUCAAGGAUAAGUAUGAUUUAAAAAUAUAUAUCCCGACAAUUUUCAAUACGCCUUUAACAUUAGACCAACAAAAAGCCCUAGCAGAAGAAGAAGAUUCAGAUACAAGCAAAGAUAUCGAAAUAAAUGAAAAAUAUCUACACGAUCUCUCAAUCCCUGCAUUUAUUACAGCAGAAGAGUCAGAAACAGAAGAAGACGAAAAUAUAGAUUAAGAUACAAAUAUAGUAGAAACAAAAGAAAACAUAAUGACAGAUCCAGCUGCCCAACGGGCAUAUGUUAAAGAAAUAUCAAGUGCCAUUCCGGAAUUUAACGGACAAAAAAUACACUUGCAAAGAUUUGUAACAGCUUUGAAGCUGGUUGACCUGACAAAGGGAACGUUUGAAUAUUUGGCUGUAGAAGUCGUCAAAUCAAAAAUUGUAGGAUCUACACUAUAUAAGGUUCAAAAUGAACUAACGAUAAAAUCAAUAAUCCAAAAACUGCAAGACACUAUUGUCGGUGAAAUAUCUGACGUUGUCAAAGCCAAAAUGGCUAAAACAAGCCAAAAAGGCAAAACAGCAGAAAAAUUUACAAAUGAAAUAGACAACCUACGAAAGCUCCUUGAAGCCUAUACACACAAAAAGGAAACAACUAUCGUGGUAAUAACUUCAGAAAUAAUUAUCGCGGUAGGGUUAACAACAGAGGUAAUUAUCAAAAUAAUGGAUAUUACCAAAACAAUGGUUAUAACCAAAAUAACGGUUAUAACCGAAACUAUAAUAACCAGACCAACAGUAACUACAGAGGUCGUGGUAAUUAUAGAGGAAACAACGGUGGUGGAAACAAUAAUGGAUAUAACUCCAAUAACAACGCCAAUGGUAAUAACGAUACCAAUACAAACGCAAACAGACAAAAUAACAACAAUAAUGUCCGACAAGUACAAACAACUUCGGAAAACCAAUAAAGACCCUUAAGAUAAAAACCCAGUAAAGAAUAUGGUUCACACUAUCAAUCUUAAUCUUCUUAAAUCUUAAUCUUAAUUUCACUUAAAAAUGAAAACACAAAUAAAUUAUAUACAUUACUAGUUGAUACAGGUGCAGACAUCUCUUUAAUCAAAGAAUCCUCAGACUCAUUUAACAAUGUUGACUAUAAAAAUAUUACGCAAAUAUCAGGCGUUGGUGAAGGAACAACAAAUUCAAAAGGUUUAGCAGCAAUAGAACUUCUAUCAGGCAACUAUGCCAUACCACAUAAUUUCCAUAUAGUAACGUCCAACUUUCUUAUUCCAUGUGAUGGAAUUUUAGGAAUAGAUUUCAUGAAAAAAUACAAUUGUCAAAUAGAUUUAAAACCAGAAAACGAUUGGCUCAUACUGAGACCAGAUAACCUCUAUAAUCCGAUUAAUAUUCCGAUAAAUCAUACACUCGAAAAUAAUUCGACAAUUUUACGAGCUAGAUCUGAAGUCGUCCGAAAAAUAACUAUAAAUUCAGCAACCAGGUAUAUAUUAAUACCAAACCACGAAAUCCAAAAUGGUGUAUUCAUUGGAAAUACCAUUGCAGAUUCUAAAAACACCUUUGUCCGAAUUCUAAAUACAACAAAUAAAACAGCAAUUCUUCAAUUAAAUACACUUAAAGUCGAACCAUUGGAUAAUUACGAUAUAAUUAAAUCCAAUAAAAAUACAAAUAAAGAAGAAAUCUUAGAAAAACUUAACAAAAAUUUCCCGCCUCAAUUUAAAGAAAUACUUAAAGAAUUAUGCACCA